UGCCGCUCACGAGUCCGUCACCGUGGCUCCGGCGCUGUUUCUACCGUAUAAUUGCGUGACACGGUGCAGAUGGUCUUGAGAAACAGAUAGCCCUGCCCAGUCGCUCAUGCCGUCCUAUCCCGAGUGUGAAGCAAUGUUCAAGCAAGGGUGUAACCAUCUGACGCGGCGAGCUGGCGAGUGAUAGCCACCUGGAAGGAUCUGCCGGUCAAUCUUCACCAACAAAAGGGCAAGCGCGCCUUCUUCGUCGCCAUAUUCUUCCUGUGUCGUCGCGCAUUCUUUUCUUUCUGCCUACAGGUCAUCUUCGUUGCUGCUUCAGCACCGUCAACGAGACGCGUCUUCUAUCCGUACACAAGGUACAUUUAUUCCCGAGCGCGCCAACCACCCGUGGAACGACGGAAGUCCUCCCAGGUGACACAGCGGCUCUACUAUACAACACACUCGCUCCCCAUGCUGCACGCGGUACUGGGGCCCGCAUGAUUGGAAACUACGGAAAACGACAGAUAAUGGUCUCGGCGGAGCACAUGGCCUUACUGCCAGUCUCUGCGACUGGCUUUGGUCUCACAUGUCUGUUCACCGUGCCAGCUAUUGUCGCUAUAGUGAGACAGACUCGAAAAGGCGCCCCAAAAGAUCAAUUCUACGAGGACGAGGACGGGAAAAGCACGCCCGAAGCAAUUGCCAAUUUCUCGAACCGUGUGCCUAAGGCUGUUAUCCUCUUCUUCUCUGCGGUUGGGCUCGGUACUUCCACUGGCGUCUCUGUCCUCACAUCCCUCAACCCAGCUCGAGAUGGCUUAUUCUACGAGAACUGGCUUGUGUCAGCUUCGUGGGGCCUCAUUGCCUUGCAAGCGAUGAUGACCUGGGCCAUUCACGCCCCGGUGGAGGUUCACGAUCUCGGCGUAUGGACGUUUGGCUCAGCUCUGGUAACUCUCAUUACGGCUGUCUUGCAAGCGUUUGACGUGGGCGAUCAUUUGAGCCGCAAGAGUGAUGUUGCUUUGGCCCUCCGCAUCGUCAACGUGGUAGCGGCUCUCGCCACAGUCUUUGGCAGUAUCUCGAUCCCUCGACGACCCGAAGUAUUCUUCCGCGACCAGCCUGUGGACGCUCAAUGGACUACCACUGUCCUCAGUCGCUAUACUUGGACAUGGGCGCGGCAGAUUAUCGACUUGGCUAGUAAGAAGGGUGAUCUCGAGGAGAAAGACGUACCCCAACCUGAUCACACCAUCCGAGUGGAUGCGGUCAUGUCGAAGUGGAACUCACAUGGCUACACAGGAGAGUUGAUAUGGUCGAUAAUUCACUGCUACCGGUGGCGCUUUGCCCUGCAAUGGAGCGUUACGAUAUUCAGAUGUGUUCUGGGAAUUGGUCCCUUUUGGGCCAUGUUGCAGCUCAUCAAUCUCCUGCAGGAACGGGGCGGUGGAGGCUCGCCAUCUCGUCUUCUCUGGGGCCUCGUGAUUCUGCUUGGAGUGUUUUCUCUCUCCGGACAGUGGAUUGAUGGAUGGGUCAACUACUACUCUAUUGCCAUGAUCUCUCAGCCUUUGAGGGCUCAACUGUCUGCGCUGAUCUACGAGAAAUCUCUCCGCCGGAAGAAUGUCAAAGCUGCCGACAAACCGAAAGAGUCCCCUGAACCCAAAGAGACCGAUGUCCCGCAGCUUGUUGUUGGGGAGGAGCCAGAAGAGCUCUCAGAUGCCGUGCCUGUAGCAGAGUCGACCGAAGAGCCACCAUCCUCACCUGAUCAGACCGGUGUGCUCAAGUCGCGCCAGGCCAUUGUCAAUUUGGUGGGCGUGGAUACCAGACGCAUCGCCGACUUCUGCUCGAUCCAAUUCCUGAUUGUCAGCAGUCUUGGGAAACUCGUCGUCUACUCCGGGUUUCUUAUUGAACUGCUUGGCUGGAUACCUUUCAUCGUCGGCAUGGCCGCUUGGGCCAUAGUACUGCCGUUCAACACGUACUUUGCCAAGAGGUACGUGCGACUUUCGGAGGUGUUGAUGCAUGUUCGCGACGACAAGCUUGCUGUGCUGAAUGAAGCGUUGCUGGGAAUGCGACAAAUCAAGUUUGCGGCCCUUGAGAAACAAUGGGAGAAGCGCAUCAUGGACAUGAGAGACAAAGAGCUGGCCGUGACUUGGAGCAUGUUCCUCGGUGAUGUUGUCAUCUUCGGCUGCUGGCUCGUGAGUCCCAUCUUUCUCGCAGCUGCUGCACUGGCCUCUUACUCCCUCCUGAACGGUGGAUUGACACCCUCUGUUGCCUUUGUCAGCAUAAGUAUCUUCAACUCCCUUGAAACGACUCUCGGUGCACUUCCCGAGAUUCUGACCGUGGGCUUUGACACACUUGUGUCGGUCCGUCGCGUGGGCGAGUACCUCAAGGGCCCCGAGAUGAGCAAGAUUGUAUCCGAAGGACCUUUAGUGGCUUUUGAGAAUGCGACAAUUGCCUGGCCUGUGGACGACGAGGUAGUCGAGGAGGACCGAUUCCUCCUCCGGGACCUGAACUUCUCAUUCCCAGCCGGUGAGCUCUCUGUCGUCUCCGGCAAGACAGGAACUGGCAAAAGCCUGAUUCUUUCCGCCCUGAUUGGCGAGGUCGAUCUGAUCGAAGGCAAAGUCACUGUGCCUCCCACUGUAGCGCCCGCAGAGCGCCAUGAUGAGAAUGCGCAUCCCGGCAACUGGAUUCUCCCUGGCUCGAUGGCAUACGUCGCCCAAACGCCAUGGUUGGAGAGCGCUUCGUUGCGCGACAACAUUCUAUUCGGUCUCCCCUUUGUCGAGUCACGGUACAACCUGGUCCUUGACGUAUGCGCUCUGAAGAAGGAUCUGGAAAUCCUUACGGAUGGAGAUAAGACUGAGCUGGGCGCCAACGGUAUCAACCUAAGCGGAGGCCAGAAGUGGAGAAUUUCUUUGGCUCGGGCCAUCUACUCGCGUGCCGAGAUCUUGAUCAUGGACGACAUCUUCAGCGCUGUGGAUGCCCACGUCGGGCGCGAGAUCUUCGACAAGUGCAUCGGAGGGGCCAUCUGUGAGGGCCGAACCCGCAUCUUGGUCACUCAUCAUGUCGGUCUCGUGCAAUCUUUGACUAAAUUUCUCGUCGAGCUUGGCGAGGGCUGCGUCCUUCACGCCGGCUUGACGUCUGACCUGGAAGAGGAGGGUAUUUUGGAGCGAAUCAAGAGCCAUGAGCAAAAGGGAUCGCAUCAAGAGGAUCCCACUGCUGGGUCGUCUGCCGCCGUCAGCUCAGAAACCUCCAUUACCGAGAUCCCCGAUGACGACGGUGAGGUCGACGGCAAGCCUGCACAGAAGGACAAUGCCGCCGAUGAAGUGGCAAAGAAGUUUAUCCAGGACGAGACCCGCGAGACCGGUACCGUCAAGACUCAUGUGUAUUUGACGUACAUGCGUGACUGCAGUGGCUGGUUCCUCUGGGUAGUAUGGGCUCUCAUUUACAUUGCCUUUGAGGCAGGCAACGUCGGUAGAGGCUGGUGGGUACGGAUCUGGACCGGCGGACAGGGGAAGCAGCACCAACAGGCGGCCACCAAUGUCCAUCAAGAGCAUGGGCAUGCAUACGGCUUUGCGCUCCAACAAUCGAUGUUCCACGCCCACUCGGGGCCCUUUGUGGCUGACGCCAAUGGCGACCUUGGGUUUUACCUGUCCAUCUAUAUCGCUCUCUCCUUGGGAGCUGGACUCAUCGGGACAUUGCGCUUCUUUUGGGGUUUCGUACUGAGCAUCAGGGGCUCUCGUGUGCUCUUCAGCAAGAUAUUGCACACGGUGAUUCGGACGCCGCUUCGAUGGCUGGACACCGUUCCUGUCGGUCGCAUCCUCAACCGGCUGACAUCUGACUUUGACAUCAUAGACCAGCGGCUGACUAUGGACCUGGGCUUCUUCUUCUGGCACAUUCUCAGUCUUGGUGGCGUCUGCGUGGCAGCCGCCCUCGUGUCGCCGUAUAUAUUGCCGUUGGCUGCUGUUCUUAUCGUUCUGGCAGGCGUCAUAGGCAAGAAGUACCUGGACGGCGCCCGGCCGCUGAAGCGUCUGGAGAGUACGAGCAAAUCGCCCGUCUUUGAGCUGUUCAACGCCACCCUGUCUGGCAUAUCUACUCUCAGGGGCUUCCAGAAGACAGAUGUUUACAUUGAUCGCAUGUACCGGGGCCUGGACAUUUGGGACGCUGUCAGCCUCUACAAGUGGAAUGUCAACCGAUGGGUCGGUUUCCGCAUGGCUGUCGUCGGGACAGUGUUCACCACGACGGUUGGCAUCGUCGUGAUUGUCAGCCCUCAAGUGGACGCAGCCAUGGCGGGAUUCACCUUGUCCUUCGCGCUGGGCUUUUCAGCCAACAUGCUCAUGGCAAUUCGCACCUACUCCAGUCUUGAGCUGAAUAUGAACGCAGCUGAGCGCGUCAUUGAAUAUUGUCAGCUGGAGACCGAGCCUCAGGGCGGCCAGGAACCACCAGCUGCGUGGCCGACGUCAGGGCGUGUGGAGAUCGACAAACUUGUCGUAGGCUACGCGGCAGACCUGCCACCGGUGUUGAAGGGGUUGUCUUUCAGCGUCAAGAACAAUGAACGAGUUGGCGUUAUUGGUCGUACGGGCGCUGGCAAAUCUUCCUUGACGCUGGCCAUAUUCCGAUUCUUGGAAGCGAGGUCGGGCACUGUCACUAUCGAUGGACUCGACAUUUCAAAGAUUAAUCUUCAUGCAUUGCGGUCGCGCUUGGCCAUCAUUCCCCAGGAUCCAGUACUGUUCUCUGGAACCAUCCGGAGCAACCUCGACCCAUUCAAUGACCGCACAGAUAGCGAGUUGCGCGAGGCACUAGCACGAGUACAUCUCGUAGACUCGGCCGUUCCCACGCCGGCCAACGAACCAGCUUCGGCCGCUGCAUCGACGCUGGGACCCCAGAAUACAAACGUCUUCCGCGACCUGUCGAGUGCCGUCUCUGAAUCGGGAGGCAACCUGUCGCAGGGCCAGCGGCAGCUCCUCUGCCUGGCUCGUGCCAUCGUAUCCCGGCCCAAGAUUAUGGUGCUAGACGAGGCGACUUCCGCCGUCGACAUGAAGACCGACGCGCUCAUCCAGCGCAGCAUCCGUGAGGAGUUCACGGGGAGCACCCUCAUCGUCAUCGCUCAUCGUCUCAGUACGAUUGCUGACUUUGAUCGUAUCCUCGUUCUCAAAGACGGUGUAGCAGCCGAGUUUGGCACACCCAAGGAGCUCUGGGAGCAAGAAGGGGGCAGCAUAUUCAAAGACAUGUGCGAACAAAGUGGCGAAAAGGAGAAGUUGCGGCAGACUAUAUAUGGAGAGAUAUAGAGACACUUCGAUCGCCGGAAAAAUAGACAUCGUUACUACUGCAUCAAUUCAUUCCCUCCUCCCUCCCUC